AGGCGAGACGCGACGAAUGGCGCCUGGCAGCAUGGGCCGCGUUCUCUUCCUUGAUCCUCCCGAUACUCAAGCUGCGUUCUAUCGCGCUAACGAGGAGACAGACAAGCCGUCCAAGUUACAGUCACGAGUACUUGGUAUGCACGAUGGAGAAGGCCGUAGCAAACUCUUCAUUUCAAAGUAAGAUCGGAGACAAUAACCAUCAGAUAGAUGAAAGAGAUUUAAAUCCGACAUCGCAUUGUAAUGAAGCUCCUGCUAUGCAACAGCAGGCACAGUUUACGUGUUCUCUAUACAUUUCGCGUGCUGGCAGCUUUCAAGACCAAGGUCACAGAGUCCAAGAUUGCGAACUGCUGCGAACUCAUCUCGAAGAAGCUAUUGCCGCUUCAGAACCGCUAUCGACGUGGCGUGUCUCUGAGACUCCAUGUGGUCUCAUUGCUGCUUUCGUACGAGAAAAUGACGCCGAGAAACUCUUGCAACGCAGCGACUUAGCUCGAGUGUUUGGAGGACCAGUACAAGUAGCACGAUUUUCGGCAAGAGAUUCUCGAUAUCACCAAGCCGUGCUUCUGAGAGACGUGCCAUGGGCUAUACCGCUGCAGGAUGUAAAUUCAGCUUUGGCUAGGCAAGGAAUUAUCGCAGGAAAUGUCGAACGUUCUCGACAAUUCGUUCGAGUAGAGGUUUUUGAUGCGGGUCAUUACGAAGCCUUAUUACGUCAAGGUCUAGACUUUUUCGAAGUGGCUCGUUUCAAUGCUGUUCCAGAACGCUGGUGGCGAGGCGGCGGUAUACCCUCACGAUACGCGAACGAUGGAAAUAAUAUUCCACAAGCGUAUCAAGAAAAUAUAUCGCAAACGGCGGACAGCGUAUUGCAAUGCUACCGAUGUCAGGGUUUCUGGCAUGUGGCCGCUAAUUGCCGACAUUUGCCACGCUGCGUUCGCUGCGGCGAACCACACAGCGUUGAAUUUUGCCCGAGGCCGCGGAAUAACCCUAUAUGUUGCCAUUGCUCCGGGCCCCACCACGCCGGAUAUAGACAGUGUCCAGUCAGAUUGCAGCUGUCUAAUGCGACUCCCGUAAGCAUUACGUUGAGCACGAGUGGGGUUCAAUAUCCAGCGAGUGCUACGAAUAAAUCGAAUCCCUCGUGCCACUCUCUAAGACAAGGCCACUGUUAAACAACAUCGUUUAUAGAGUAAAAUUAUAGAGAAACAUCGGUCUUAUUAGCAUCCUUUUCGAAAUGUCAAUGAAAGCGCGUAACAUCUCUACAUUGCAUAACGAUUCCAUUAUGAGUCACGAGUGAAAUUUAGAGAUUUGCAAUGCCUUUCUAUAAAAUGUGGGAAUACGUUAUUCGCAUCGUCAUUGCGUACAAUAAAAAUGCUUCUAUAGAGAUGCUAUCUCGACCGCAAAAAAUUUGCAAACAGCAUAUAUUUACGUAACAUAUAAGCAAGAUACAUUUUUUAUGAUUUUCAUUUUUAAGACGCUGUCGCUUUUUCAGACACUAUUGUGUCUUGUUCGUGUCAUUUUUUUAGACUUUUAUGCAAAAUAUAUUGUUUUUAUAAAUGUCAAAUGUCUUUUAACGAAUUGUUUGUUUAUGAUGUGGGGUAAUCCGAUAAAAUGCCACUUUGCUUUUUUUUUUCCAAGUUAGGAUUUUGUAAACUUGCAGUUAUUACCCGUAUUCCGCCGUUUCGUCCCACUUUCUUUGCCCUAGUCCUGCGAAUGUAGGUCUCCCCACUAGUGUCUGUCACUGCUACCACCAGGUAAUACCUCGAGAUCGUGGGAGGGAGUUGUACGCGGAUGUCAUACUAGCGCUAACAUAUUCAGUCGUUCGAUCGGCUACUAGUUCGGUUUGUCCACCUAAUAGAUAGUGUUUUGUAAUUAUGGACACAUCGUUCGCGCGCGGGAAAUCCUACCAAUCAAUCAGUUCUAGCCAUCGGUCAAAUUAAGGGUGUCAAUUCCAUUUUUUAAUGGACAAUUUUUGCGUGGAAAAAGUAUUUUCGCAAAAUUUUCUACUGUUUUUCUUCCAUAAAAAUCCAUACAUAUAUCAUGUAUCAAAUAACAUUUCAAGUAACACGACGGGAAUCUUCUUCAAAAGAUCAUUAUAUGUUUCUGCAGAUGGCUAGAUAAUGUUCGUGUUUGUACGAGGACUUCAAAUAAAGAACUUUGUGCAUCGUAAAGACAAUUCUAAAACAUGUGAUAUGAAGAAUUUAAGAAACUAUAAAACCGCGUAUUGUGCGGCAAUUACAAAGGUGUUGGAUUGCACGAGUUCAUUUAUACACACAUGGCACACCACAUUAUUUUCAAAAAAUAUAACAAAUGGAACGAAGAUAUGUGGAGAUCUACAAUAAAUUGACUUCUCUCAUUAAUUAUUGAUUGAUGGCAUAAAUCACUUGCGGUGUGCAACCACUCUCUAGAUGCAAAUAUAUU